UCUAGCCACUGCAAAGACGACCAGAGCUUGCUACCAAAUUAUCCUGCAGAUCAAGUUACUUCAGACCACCGGCACCUUGGAUUCUCUUCCAUUACUCAUCGAACUAUAUCUCUUGAUCCUAAAACAACCCGUCUAUCUGCAGUAUGUAAAGUCAGUUCACGCAGAGGAAGUAAAAAUUUAUCUUCUUCAUCAAGUGCAUCUACUCGCUCAUCUUUCUCUGGAAGAAAACAUUCUUUAUUUGUGAAAUUUCAGAAAAGCGGUAUUUUCCCCGACUGUCAACAAAGUAGAGCCAAUUUUGAUUCUCAAGAAAAAAGCAGCUUCAGUGAUGUAAAAUUCUCCUCAAACCAUUUUGGCCUUAGAUCCCAAAGACUUUUCUCUGCCCCGAGACUUAGUAUAAUUUCCUGUUACGAGAGCACUAGUUUUUUUGAUCUUCAAUCAAGAUGUCAUAAAAUCUUUAAUCCAGAUGAAGUUGAAACAGUUUCUAAAAGCUCAAGUAUGACUAGUGCUGAAAAAUAUAUAAGCUCUUGUUGUCCCAAAUAUAACAUUAGAUGUUCUAUGAAUUUUGAAGCAAAAGCUAACUCUUCAACCCAUCGGAACACUGUUGAUGGAAGCAUCUACCCACACAGCACGGCCACCUUACUUUCUCUUCCCACUAUAAUUUCCUAUUCCUGUCAACAAAGCAAGAUUGCGACUGAUACCGAAGGAAGAGGCCAAUCAAGGAAAGUUUCCUUUCAUCCUGGUUCUCAAAGUCACUGUAUCUUUCAUUUUCCACCUAGGAUUCAAUAGCAUCCCUCUCAAAGAGUAACUUCCCCGUUUCUCUGUAAUGUUGGAUUUUCUUCACUUUGUAAAAAUGCUACCAGCUUUAUCCCACCUCAGAAUAACAUUGCCUCAGAUUCCUUGGAAGAUGAAAACAUUGCUAUUUCAUCUCAAGAUGAAGACACAUCUUUAUCUAUUACAGUUCCUAAAAUAAGGUCGCCUCAGAGUUUGCCUUUUCUUUGAAGGGUAGCUCAAAGCAGAAAUUUUUCCACCAGGCACACUCCAUAGUCCAUGGUAUUCGUUGCUCAAGUUCUCACAGAAAUCUUCUGUCUUCCUAAAUUUCACUGCAUUUUGGGGGGAAAAAAAGACCUUCAUGUUGCAUUCUAAAUUUAACUGUAACUGCUGUAAUUUUUUUGAAAGAUAGUUUAUUGACAUUAUUGGAGUUUGGAAGUCAAAGGUUAUUAAUCUGUUUCUGGCUUUUAACAAAUUGCUUACAAAUUGACUAGUCUCAAAUUGCUGGGUGAUGAUUGUAAUAUUUCUGUGAUCUGAAAAUAACAUCAAACAUUGAUAUAUAGGUCUUCUAAAUAUAUGACAUUCUUUGAGAGUUUUAACAUUUUCUUUUAUCCUACUCUAAUCAUGAGGGACAGUAUUCCUACCUAUGUCAUCUCUAGAGCUAUAUUCAGUAAUUCGCAAAUUUUCAUUUAUAUUAGCCUUGUUAGCUGCGUUUCUCAUGCCAGACAUCCCCCUGACAGAUGAUAUUUUUACUAAUAUA